AUCAAACAUGCUUAAUUAAAUCAUUUGUAGGUCUGGUUUAGCAACCGCCGUGCUAGAUGGAGGAAGCAGGCAGGAGCCAACCAACUGAUGGCUUUUAACCACCUGAUCCCAGGAGGGUUUCCACCCAGCGCCAUGCCGACUCUGCCGACUUACCAGCUCUCUGAGCCGUCCUAUCAGCCCACCUCCAUACCGCAAGCCGUGUCUGAUCCAAGCAGUACAGUCCAUAGACCUCAGCCUCUCCCUCCAAGCACUGUACACCAAAGCAGCCUCCCUUCGAACCCAGAGAGCAGCUCUGCCUAUUGCCUACCCAGCACCAGGCAUGGAUUUUCCAGCUAUACAGACAGCUUUGUGCCUCCGUCCGGGCCCUCAAAUCCCAUGAACCCUGCCAUUGGCAAUGGCCUUUCACCUCAGGUAAUGGGACUCUUGACUAACCAUGGUGGUGUGCCUCACCAGCCCCAAACUGAUUAUGCCCUGUCCCCUUUGACUGGAGGUCUGGAACCCACCACCACUGUCUCAGCCAGCUGCAGUCAGCGGCUAGAUCACAUGAAGAGUUUAGACAGCCUGCCUACAUCCCAGUCCUACUGCCCACCAACCUACAGCACCACCGGCUACAGCAUGGACCCUGUCACAGGCUACCAGUAUGGGCAAUAUGGACAAAGUGCCUUUCAUUAUCUGAAGCCAGAUAUUGCAUAAAUGAACUGUCCACUUCAAGUUAAAGCUGGUGUUGUUUUCCGGUCUCGCUCCAGAGCUUGGAUACCAGGGAUCUUCUCAACACACUGCAAUCUAAACUGGGGCAAUCCUAGAGAGAAGUAGGCUUGUUCUGUUCUCUCCAGUCAUAGCUUUUAGUAGACUUUUGAAGACUGAACAAAGCUAUACAGAAGACAAAGGCCAAAAGCAAUAAUGAAUAAAUAAAUGCGACAUAGUUCAUUAUGAGUGGGUUACAAAACAGAACAGAAUUUAAUAUUGCUGCCUGGCAAAACAUUCCGUUUUUUUGUUGAAAUUAAUGUGCAUUGAUUUGGACAAAUGGAACAUUUUAAAAUUUAGCAGUUGAGCUCUGCAUACUCUGACUCAUCUGGCAUCCAGUGCUGACUUCAGUCUAACUUCAGUUAAACUUCAGUUAAAGCUGCCCAGUUUCUGAAGCAUGGGCAGCAGAACCUCUUUCGUUACACACUGGAAAUUGUCAACAAGAGGAAAUGUCACAGUCCUUAGGAAACUAGGAUAAAUGCAAAAGACUUCCAGAGCAAUUUACUGGUAAUCUUACUAUGCUUCUGUAAUCAUGUCAAUAAAUGUCACAAGUUUUGCUUUACCAAGAGACAAGAUCUCAUGUAACAUGGAAAAUACAUUUUAUCUUUUUAUGUGGAGUUUUCCUGGUCCAUUGUACCUUUUUGAAGAAACACGGAGGAAAAGAAUCGACGUGACUGAUUUUUUCACAACUGCCUAGCAAUGUGCAAUACUGUGUACCUCACACAAACUUUGGAAUCAUCCAAAGUCAUAUAGAUAGAAUCAGAACUAUAUUUUUGCAGGUACUUUUAUUUUUGCAGUGCAUAAUUCCUAAUGAUCAAAUACAGAAAUGUCGCAGUGUGCUGGACAGCUAAAAUCCAGCUUGCUAAUCAUGAUUUAAAGGUCAUUUUCAGGAAACAGUAAGAAAAAAUGAUUACGUUUACAUUUUUUAGUGAUGUACAGGACAUGAACAGAGAUGGACCUGUAUAUAACACAGUUGUUUAAAUUAUACAGUGAUAUCCAACAUAGAAAUUAAUUAUAGGAACCAAGGUUUACAAGAAGUUUGCAUUGUGACAUUUUAGAAUGUCAAUAAAUUUGUGUUUUGUGAUGUUGAGAGGAACAGGAAGAUGGAAGGCGGUGUUAUUUAUUUCUCUCUAUUCUUUGAACAAAGAGAGAGGCAGAACACAAAUACAUUCCUUUUAGUGUUAAGGACAAUGAAGUAGUGCAUUAGACUAGAUUCAGUACAGAGGUUAGUUCGCACAUUGGUCUUAAGGGAGAGGGAAAAAUGAAAUCUUUGUGUUGCAGCCUCUACCAACAACAUGUUGUAAAAAAAAAAAAAAAAAAA